AUGGAUAAUCUUUACGCAGAAGAAAUAAGGUAGCGAUAUCAUUCUUCCAUGACUUACUAAGAAUACUUGGACACUUAUGAUAAAGCUCCACCUAAACCUUAAAUUAGGUAUUCUGCUGAUUAAUUAAUAUUUUAAGACCCAAAGAAACUCCUUAAUUACUCGAACCAUUAAUCUUAGAAGGACACAGAGGUCCUAAAAUAUAAUAAUAAAAAUUGACUGUCUACUCUCCUGACGAUGUCAUUUUUGAAGAAUCCGAAACCGAUGAGAAACCUAAGGCACUCACUCAUGUUUCAUGUUAGAGAGCAUUAAAAGAACAUGUAUAUAAAUAAUAAUCUUAAGAAUGUUAGAAUUAGAAGUUAGAGCGAGAAUCUAGGAUUUUCAGUAUUUCGAUUUUUGCAAUAAAAGAAAAAUAAAUUCCCAUGA